ACCGACUUCGAACGUUUACGCGUUUACGAAAAAGGGGUACAAAAGCCUACGGGAGAGCUAACGGGAGUUACGGGAGCUAACGGGAAGGGAUAUAAGGUACGUAUACGUACAAACGAGCGUACGAAUAAGCGUACAAACGCAAUUAGAAGCAGUAGGAUUGCACAGCUAUUGAAGAUUUUACAGUUCUACGAUACUACGAUGCUACGUGAUGAGGCUACGAGGCUACGGGGCAGCGAUGACUCCUGGGUCCUAGGUCCUGGCUACAGUGGCUGGCUGGCUGGCUGGCUGGCUGAGGUUUGAAGACUUAGAAGGAAAAGAAAGAAGAAUCGCUUUCGAAAGGGAGAGAGGCUUAUAUGGACGAUUCCGAAGACUUAAUCAGCCAGGCCUCUUGCCAGGCCUCUUGCUACCUUACGGUACGUAUCAAGAUGUAUUGGACCAAGAUACCCGUUUUUCGUGAUAAGGUCUUUUCUGACACUUUGAUUUAUCACGGUGCAUUAUCUGCCAGGCCCGGAUUCUUACAAUCCAGAUCAACUUUCUAUCCUUGGCUGAUCACGGAUAAUCAAAUGCAGAUUCGCAAUCAGUCACAUGGCCACACGCCUGGCGGCGGGGCCUUUGAAUUUCUAAACCCUGAAGAUGCGAGUCGGGUCAUUUCGCUCCAGGUCUGGACACACCCAGAAGGUGGCCAUGAGGUUCUUCGGGGCAUUAAAGUCUCGUGGGACUCCGGUCUGUCUAUGUCGUGCGGCACAACAAGCGGGGAUUUUCAGAGUGAAGCAAAAUUCACCAAACAUGAGCGCAUCAUUGAGAUGAUUAUCUGGGCCGGUGACUGGGUCGAUGGCAUUUCUUACAAGUCGACCCGGAACUUACAAGGAAAGAGGCUUGGCGGUCCAGGAGGAAGUCCCCAUGUGCAACACUGCGGCAACGGGAUACUACUCGGGUUCCACGGGAUGUCCGGCUCCAUGGUCGAUGCGUUGGGUAGCAUCUUCGAGAUUCAGCGGAACCUCCUGCUGCCUUCUCCUGAGCCCAAGAAUAAUCACGGCGGCAUUGAAUUUAUUGCACAGCAUACCGACCACCGUUCCCGCGUAAAGUCAAUUCAUGUAUGGACGGAGUGGGACGGUGCCGACCAUCUGGUGCUAAGAGGAAUUGAAGUUCAAUGGAGCAGCGGACACCUUUACGAAUGCGGAAGCUGCGUUGGCACGGCAUAUGACAGUGCUGAGUUUCAAGAGUCCGAGCGAAUCACUGAGUUUGCUAUCUGGGCCGGCUCCUGGGUUGAUGCGAUAUCUUAUAAGUCUAACCUUGUGCGUGACGGCAAGAAACUCGGGGGGCCGGGAGGUGCAAAGCACCAACAGAAUGUCGGCAGUGGUAUACUUGUCGGGCUAAAGGGAAGAGCUGGGAACAGGAUUGACUCACUUGGGCCUAUAUUCGUCAGCUGAAGGAAUGUCCAAACUUGUUCGGGAUGAUAUUAAGAUCUUCCCCGCUUCCACAGCUUUUUCGAAAAUACGUACACCGCAUCUCGCUUCCAAGGCUAUCUCUGAUAUAAGAGCUGUAAGCUAAAUGACCCGUUCGGUAUAUAGGUAUUAUG